UGGAUACGAGUCGGGUAGUUGGCUUCUGUAAAGACGUCUUGACUCCUAUUGAAUAUGAAAAAGCAGAAGAUUUUGAAUACAACAAAUGGUCUUAUUAACUACUUAGUUAGCUACUCUUUAUUAUAGUUCAUUAAAAACAACAAACAUCAACAACGUCUUCCUCCAACCAAAUCAACCAUCAAUUCGACAUCAGGACAGGAUGUCAACAUUUAGCUUCAGGAGAAGUGGAAAGAAAGCCUUCAGGCACAUAGCUCACGGCUUGAUCCCUGCAGCCACCAUCGCCCCCCGGCCUGCUGUACCCCGUACCCCUCCCCCUCGCAGCCCGUACCCCUCUCCAGAAAGACCCAGGUCUGCCUUGGCAGCCGCCAUCUUGUCGUCGUCGUUGACCGGCAGGACCAUCGCCCUCCCUCCUGCACGCCCCAGAUCCUUCUCCGAGAGUGACUGCUCACGCUCAGAGACACACACCACGUUCGAGCCUUACGCCAGCACAGCGCUCUACACUAGAGACGGAGAGCCAGAAUCUUUGGCUGGCCGGCCUCGCUUGCCCUCUCCUGGGCUCUCUGAAGACCAUGAUGAUGAAGAGGAGGAGGAGGACUUAGAGAGAUCGGUUCUGUCAGAUGAAGAUGGUCAUGUCUACCAGUCUCUGGAUCGCCGGGGGAGAAGUCCCACCAGAGACAGAUAUGACAUCUACGCCCGGCCUGUAAAACAGAGUGAUGUUCUGUCAGAAUGCAGAGAGGAGACUGAUGACUCUGCCUUCGACAUAGUGUCCCCUCUACCCCCAGAGGAAGCUGAGGUUCAACAGAUGAUUCCAGAGGAAGCUGAGGUUCAACAGAUUUUUCCAACACCAGUUCAGAAGGCCACACCGUCCAAACUGGAGCAGAGGCCUUCGUCUUGGUCUCGUAGAAGCAUGCCUUCCCCAGAUUUGACAGAAGAAAGCUUCCGUGCAUCUAAGAAGAGGUCUUCAACCCAGAAGACCAAGAGUUCAGGAAGCAGGAGAGAUGGACCAUCAGAGGCCAGCAGUGCCUACAGAGAGGUUCUGGACAUGCAGAAGGAGAUGGUUCGGUCUUUAACAGAGCAGAACCAGGCCCUGGGGGCAGACAGGAGGGUGCUGGAGCAGAGGUGUACAGAACAGAGCCUGCAGCUGCAGAGGAGCCACCAGAGGGUCCAGAGUCUGGAGCGGGAACUCAGCAAGGCCCCUGUCCCUACAGCAGGUGAACAGGCAGAGCUGCUGAGUCUGAGGCAGCAAGCCCAGGAGGUGGUAGACGAGAACGACAGCCUGAAGAUGACCGUCCAUCGCCUCAACGUGGAGCUCAGCCGCUACCAGACACGUUUCAGACCCCUGGGCAAAGAAGAGAGCUCCAGGACCCAUGGCCUGCCACUUAAAGGAUCUGCUCCUCCCUGGCUGCUGGACAUGAAGUAUUUAUCUCCAUUGUUGUUGUCUUAUGAAGACCGGCUCACUGAGAAAGAUGCUCUCCUGCAGGCCUCGGAGGAGGAGUUGAGAAGGUUCCGGGGCCGUGUGGAGGAGGUGGUGCAGGAGAACCAGAAGCUACACCAGGACCUGAAACAGACAGGAGGAGUCAGCCACAAGGAGUGGAGGCAGCUCCAGGAGCAGGCCCGUCUGGUACUUCAGGAGAACCAGGUCCUGAUAGAGCAGCUGGAGGUGCAGCAUACGAAGGCAAAGGACAGUCAUGGGAGACAUUUGACUGAGGUCUCUAAGGUGUGUAAGCAGCUGAUGUUGCUGGAGGCAGAGAAGCAGAGGCUGGAGGGGGAGCUGGAGGUAACGAGGAGUGAGCUCCACACUCUGCAGACAGAACACCUGCAGGCACGGUGCAGUCUGGAGAAUGCAGUCAGCUGGGACGAACACCACGCCAUCACCACCAAAAUCAAACGCCAACUGGAGGCUGAUUCAGGCCGUCAGCAGACUGAGCUAGAGGAGCUGCAGCAGAGAGUGACUAGUCUACAGACAGAGAAGAACAGUCUGCUGUUGGACAAAACCAACCUGACUGCUGACAUCAAGAGUCUGGAGGCUGACCUGGAGGUGUCCCGACAUGCUAACAGGAAGGCCCAGAGGCGUAUAGGCCUGUUGAAGCAACAAGUUGAUGACUCUGUAGAAAAGGAGAUGAGAGCCCAUCACUACCUGUCCUCUAUCGUAGCUCUGGCUGAGAAGACCACACAGGAGAGAGACCAGCUAGUAUACAUGGCCUCGUCCCUAGAGCACGACAAGCAGGGGGUGAUCAGCAAGAUUGUGGAGGACACUGUGCGGCUCGGAAAGCUUCAAGAGAAGGUCAAGGUGUACAAGAAGCAGGCAGCCUGCAGCCUGGGGGUUCUGGGCCAGAGGCUGGUGGAGCAGGAGGAGGACUUUGCAGGGAGGGCAGCCUCCUACCAGACAGAAAUACAGCACCUCCAGAGGCUUCUACGAAACAAACAGCACGACCUGGACGGAGUGCUGCAGCAGAAAAGAGAGGUGGAAGGUGAGUUGGAGGUGGUGUGGGAGGCAGCGACCAGAGAGAACCAAAGAAUUAGGGAGACCCUCCAGGACUCCAGCCCAUCUCUCCCCUCCCUCAGCCCAGCCAGAGUGCACCAUGGCAGGGGUCUGAAUGAUGGACCCUCCCCCAGCUGGCUCUCCCACCCCCAGGAUGAGGUGUUCUACCCCCGUCCGCACCCUGACAGCUCUGGCCCUCCUCCCUGCAUCUCCUCCCCCCAGAGCGGCGGCCGGCCCGGCCUCCACCACAGCCCUAUGUUCGAGUCUGACUCGGACCAGCACCAGAACCCCUCCUCAGAUGAGAGCGAGAAGAACGGCAUGGACUUCUAUUCUUAGUGUCCUUUUUUGUAUUGGUCUUACAGAAGACAAGUAGCCUGGUCCCAGAUCUGUUUUAGUAGCCUGGUCCCAGAUCUGUUUUAGUAGCCUGGUCCCAGAUCUGUUUUAGUAGCCUGGUCCCAGAUCUGUUUUAGUAGCCUGGUCCCUGGUCUGUUUUAGUAGCCUGUUUUAGUAGCCUGGUCCCAGAUCUGUUUUAGUAGCCUGGUCCCAGAUCUGUUUUAGUAGCCUGUUUUAGUAGCCUGGUCCCAGAUCUGUUUUAGUAGCCUGGUCCCCGAUCUGUUUUAGUAGCCUGGUCCCAGAUCUGUUUUAGUAGCCUGGUCCCUGAUCUGUUUUAGUGGCCUGGUCCCUGAUCUGUUUUAGUAGCCUGGUCCCAGAUCUGUUUUAGUAGCCUGGUCCCAGAUCUGUUUUAGUAGCCUGUUUUAGUAGCCUGGUCCCAGAUCUGAUUCUGCUCUUGCAAACUCCAUUGUUCAUUCUCAAGCCAAACAUGACAUGACAAUUCCAUAAA